GUUUCAAGAUGGCGGCUGCGCAGAUAACAAUGGCGAGAAGGCGAAGAGGGUCCGGGGGACUGUGAAGCGGGAGGGCUGGUUGCAGGGGACAGGUUGCUCUCAUCGUUUCUCUCCCCAGAUGGCGGAUUUUGUGGUUCCCCGGCACAGCGCGGUGAUGGAGCGCCUCCGCCGGCGGAUAGAGCUGUGCCGGCGGCACCACGGGAACUGCGAGUCCCACUACGAUGCAGUGGCCGGAGAGAGGCUGGAGAUAGAGCGGCAGCACACCUUCCAGCUGCACCAGCGCUGCCUGCAGGCCAAGGCCAAGCGAGCCGGCAAGCACAGGCAGCAGCCGCCUGCCAACACGGACGCUGCGCGGAGUAACCAGGCCAGCAGCGGCACCAUGGAGCCGGGAGACGGAGGCAGCAACGGGGAGCAGUGCAGGAACAGCACCCUGAUCGCGCAGCUUCAUGAAACCGUUAAAAGAAAGCUGGAUAGUGCAGCUUCGCCUCAAAAUGGGGAUCAACAAAAUGGAUUUGGAGAUAUCUUCUCAGUGUCCAAGAAGCUCCGACAUGAUGAUGGACUAACAUCAGUGAUUGGAUCAUCGAAUGGGAUGCCUCCAGUUUCUCCCUUGCAUCAGCUGGAUAGUAAGCCUCCCAAUGGAGAUUCUUUGCAGUUAAAUGGCAGCCAUUCAAUUGGACUUGAUGGUGUCAGUAAAAAGUGUCUCCCAGAUGCUGGUUUGCAGCUAAAUGGUAAUGGAGAUGCUGAUGACUUCACACUUUGCCUUGGCAAAGAAAUGAAGCAGGAGCCCGUGGAUGACUUGCCAUGUAUGCUUUCUGGAGUUGGUGGGUCCAUGUCUCAAAAUAAUUUGAUGCCAGACCUUAACCUGAAUGAACAGGAAUGGAAGGAACUCAUCGAGGAACUUAACAAAUCUGUUCCUGAUGAGGACAUGAAGGAUAUUUUCAAUGACGACUUUGAGGACAAAAAGGACAAUGAUGCCUCAAAUUCUGCUACACAGACCCCAUCAACACAAGACAUUCACAUCAAAACUGAGUUUUCUCCUGCAACAUUUGAGCAGGAUUCCCUUGGGUCACCACAAGUCAGGUCACCACAAGUCAGGUCGUCACCUUUUGGUGGAGCUACUUCAGUGCCUACAAGCAGUUCAUCUCCAGUGGUAGGUGGUUCCCAGACGGUGUUCCAGCAGUCUUCUGGGACAGAAUCAUCUAACCAGACAGCAAUGCAGCCUCCAAACCAGUCGCAGAAUGUGCAGAGACCUUUACCCAAUGUAUUAAUGAGUGGACAGAGUGCUGGAACUACCAAAGAGAUGUCCUCAGCACACCAACUUCAGCAGAUUGCAGCUAAGCAAAAGAGGGACCAGUUGCUGCAAAACCAGCAACAGGCUCAGCAGGUCCAUCAGUCAAAUCAAAUGACCAACUGGCAACAGUCAAGAUCUUCUCAAAGUCCUCUAGGUGUUCCGUAUAGCAUGGACAAACCAACCAGCCCUUCUGUUUACCAACAAGACUUUAAUAACCAGAAACUUAUGAUGCCUAAAAUGAACAAAAAUUCCCCCCGUGGGGGAGGCUCCUACAUGCAGCCCAACCACGUCAACAUGAUUGGUCAUAAACAAUCAAGCGGUUUAAAUCCCAACCAGUCUGUAGGUCCCAAUGCCAUGCUGGAUUAUGGCAACACCAUACCCCUCUCACAUUAUGAGGCAGACUGUGGUCCAGGGGUUGUAACCCAAAAUCAGAACAAGAAUGUAAUGAUAUCAUAUCUCCAGCAGAGGCAGCAGCAGUCCUCGCAGCAGCAAUUGCCUCCAAUGACAGAGGAACAGAGCCGAAUGUUUAUGAUGAAACAGAAGGCUGGAAUUCCUUAUAGACCAUUAGUAUCACAUGGGCAGGACCAGAAUCCACAGCCCAAUGUGGCUCGUGUCCCUGUGUCUGUGGGAGGACCUGGUGUGGUGGCACAGCCCCCUACUGUGUCCAUGGCUGGUAACCAUGGAAAUGCACCUUACCUGAACAGUCAACAGCAAGCCCUGAUGAAACAGCAGCAACAACAGCAGCUUCUCCUAGAACAACAGAAACAGCGAGAGCAGAAGCAGCAGUUACUCCUGGAGCAGCAGAAACAGCAGUAUCUUCUCGGUCAGCGACAGCAGCAACAGCAGCAGCUGCUGGCAGAGCAGGAGAAGCAAAGGCACCAACAGGAGCAACUACAGCGGCACCUUACCAGACCUCCUCCUCAGUACCAGGACCAGCAGCAGAAUUCAUAUCCACAGCAGACAGUAGGCCCUUUUCCAGGGUCAACUUCAGUUAUGCCUGGAGUGAACAAUAUGGCGCAUCAGACUUCAGGAAGUCCACGCAUGUUUACUCAGUCACAGUCUAUGCUUCAGAUGGGAGGGGGGCAUGCCACAGUUCCACCCUUGUCUUCUGUUGCAAAUUCUCAAGAACGAGCUGUUUCCCAAUACCCCAAUAUGCAGAAUGUGCAGCGUAGCGGAAUGUACAACAUGGGAUCUGGUCUCCCACAGAUGGUUCAAAAUCAUGCAGCACAGGGUAACAUGUCUAAUGGACAGCCACAGAUACAGAGGCAGCCAAACAUGGGUCAAGGAAACACACUACCCACUGGUUAUGGACCAAACCCUAUGGCAAAUUCUGCUCUGGCAGCACAGCAUAAUAAAGCAGGGAUGAACCCUGCUAUAUCUAAGAGCCAGAUGCCAAGAAUGCCUGCUGCCAUGGCAUCUCAAAAUCCAGGAUGGCAACAUCAACAAAUCCAAAACAUUAACAAUCAGGCUCAAGGAAAUACUGGCUUGGGUGCAUUUAAUACUGCCAAUCCUGGUUUUCAUCUCCAGCAGAAUCACCACAAGAUACCUAACCAACAAUUUGUCCAGGGCCUUCCACAAGUUGGUCUAGGAGCUGGUCGACCUAUGAACUCGUUGAACGGUUCCGUCCCUGGUCAGAUGAUGCAAAAUUUGGCUUCACAACAAAGGACAAAUCCUGCCACUCAGCAGCCGACACCUAACCAGCAGGUCUUACCUGUGAUGAACCAAGCAGUGUCAGACUUGACAGCGUUCAGCCAGAACCCAGGUCAACAAAUGGCUAACAGAGUUGGGCUUCAUUGUAAUCAAAAUUACCAGGUUAGAGCAACAGGUCAGGACAUGCAGUUUGGAUUUGGUGGACAGUCGGGCAACGCUGGGUUACAGAACUUGUCAGGGGACGCAGAUUUGUUGGACUGCUUGCUCAAAGACAGGACUUCCGCAGAAGAGUGGAUGAAUGACUUGGAUGAGUUUUUGGGGAACCAUUGAUACAGAGCCUGAGAUUUUUUACAUAAUGGUUUUGAGAACAUUUUGGUGCAUUUUAUGAAAAAAUAUGAAAAACUUAAAUGUAAAUUUUCUUUGGACCAAAAACCUGUGCCAUUGAGAUGCUGUUGUCCUUGAGGCUGGAACAUACAAUGGCCUGCUGCUUCCUUUCCUACCCCUGUUGACCACAAAUGCCUGGAGCAUAUGUGGGUUUUUCUGCUCGCCACUGCCCGUCUGUCAUUAAUGAUGGCAGGACCCCUCUCCCUAUCUCUACAAAUGCCUUAUUUUUCAUAAGCACUGUGGGGAAUGGUAGGUCCUCAGUAGCAGAGAGCCAGUUGAAUGCUACUUUUUUGUUUUGUCCUGUAUUUGUAAGCUAUAGCUUAAAUCUCAUCACUGUGUUUACCCCUGGUUGUGGCAACUUCAUCACAAAACCCCAUUAUUGCUGUACCUCGCCCCACUGUGAAAUUGCCCACCAGAGAUGUGCUCUGUGUCUUCUCUUGCUGGCUGAGAAGCUGUUUUGUUCCUAGGGCCUUAACUGUAAACUUCACGAUUCCUUUUUAUUUUUGUAAUAUCUAGAAGAAUAUUCACUGUCGGAGCUUUAGGAAAGAACAGCAGCUCCAGCUCCCAACUCUGUGCCCUGUAUAUGUAUUAUAUAAUCUUGCAUUUUUAUUGAUCUUAAAAAGUUGUUCCAUCACUGUUCUAGUUGUACACCCCUUCGUUCAAUAAUUACUAGAAAAAUGAGUUUAUAAAAAACAAACCUGAAGAAUGAGAUGGAAAGCCUCCUGCUGUCCUCCAGUGAGAAGGAAUUAUGUCGAGAUUUGCUGCAUUGCAUUUAAAAUUCAGUCCAUUGCUCCUUAGCAACAUACCAGAAACUGUUACAUUGUUGGUAAUAGAACAUGCAGAAAAAAAUGCUGAAGAAUAUUGCUAAGGAUCAACUGACCUAGUAGUAAAGGAACACUAAACGAUGCAUAAAAGUAAGAAAUAAUAAAGUGCCCAAAAUGUUUGUCUUGUAGGAAUGUUGCCGAAUACACCGAUCUUUAAUUUCCUUUUGAUCCCUUUCCUUAUCACCUGGCUUUUUACUAUAGUAGUGGGAGAGAGGUUGUGCUGUGGCUAGUUGCCUUACAGAGAGAGUUUUAUAACCUGAGUGAGCAGGAUUGAUGACCAUUUGGAACAUGUAUAGAAGGUUUGUGUAUUUCUAGCAGUUGUGAUUUAUCCAGUCUUCUCUUGCAAAUGAAAGCUCAGUUUGAAAUCCUGCUGAUCAGCACCUUGGGCGCCCCAUUAUAUUCAGGCAAUAUAUCCUAUGAGAAUAAUUGCAAAUAACAAAAAUUCUACCAACACCUUCUACUGACUGAUACACUACGACGUACAAGUUGUAUAGAUAUGGCGCCAUCCAAACACAUACAUUGCCAGAUGUUAACUAUAUGGAUCUUGCUUCCAUUAAAAAACACCUUGAUACACAUAUAAAGCUAUGCAAUGAUGAGAUUUCCUGCUGUCAUAUGUUCGUCAUUUGGUAUAGCUCUAGUUUAUUUGGCUCCCACGUCACAUACAGUCUUUCACAUUGUAUGGAGUGUAACCAGGGUGCUGGCAGUGGGCUCAUUGAACCUAAUGUGUACCUGUACUUUCAGUAAACUUUUGAUGUCGAAGGGACAGAUCAAGUUUAGAUCAGUGGGGGUCUAAGUGCUUAGACCCCCACGAACUCUAGAGGGAAAAGAGGCACUUCUAUCGCCUCCUAGCAUGAGGCAGGCCCAUAGACUUUCCUCCUGUCCUCCAGUGAGGAGAGAGGGCACGCUAAGCAAGCCGUUCUCCCCCCCCCCCCCGUUCUAGAGAUUAAUGGGGGUCUCGGCGCUCAGACCAUCACAAUCUAAACUUUCUCUAUGAAAUAUCAAACGUAUACUGAAAUUACAAACAAGUUACUUGUCAGUUGAAAAAUGAGAGAUAACAUUGUUGACCUUUCUUAUAACCUAACAUCUUAAUACACAAAUACAUUUUUUAGGAGAUCUGCUCCCUCCCCAUUAGAGUCUCAACUGGUUGGGUUGUUUUUUUUACUUUGUCCACUUUUUUUUUUUUUUUUCUAGCUGUGAACUUGUCUUGAGUUGUAGACAAUGAUCUAAAACUAGGAGGUAACAUAACAGUUAACCUAUUUACUAGUGUACAUUAGACCUGAGAUUUUUCUUCACUUCGGACCAGUCCAUGAUUUUUCACCAUUGUGCCUUUUAGAAGCUGUGGCAGAACUUCUGUACUGUUAAAGAAGUCUGUGCAGCCUAUAGUCCCCCAGUAAUGGUAGGCUAGUUUUUGUCAGGGCCCUUAAAUUGUCUUAUUAAAUGUUGCAUAGGUGUUGCCCUUAAAGGGCUUUUCCUAGAUAAUAUUGAUGUACUAGUCUUAGGAUAGGCCAUAAAUAUCUGAUCGGUGGGGGUCCGAUUCUCAAUAUCCCUACCGAUCAGCGGCUUGAAGAGACCACAAUACUUGGGUGAGCACUGCAGCCUCUUCACGGUCUACACUGCACUGUACUCCUAAACGUCAUACACUUAGUAGCAUUAUCUUCUGAGUAUUGCAGCUUUGUCUCACUCACUUGAAUGGCACAAGGCUGCAGUACCCCUUGCAGCCCACUACCAAGUUUCCUGGGUACAGAACAAUAUAUUUUAAUUACUGCAAUUGACUAGUCUUUUGUGGUGUUUGAUUUAUAAUGUAAAAAAGGGGUUGAGUGUGGGGUAAGGCAGUCAUUUUUUGUAGAUCGAUGCCCACGUUUUUGAAACUAAAGUGGACUAGUCUUCUGUAUGCCAUCCUUUGUACACUAACGAUGGGUCUAUGUGUUUGCAGAGUAGUUAACUUAAAGGACUUUUUGUGAGCAGACAGUAAACUGUGGAAGUUACUGUAUUCUUUCUUACACAAGAGAUCUGGAGGGAGUGACAAACCAUCAUUUUUAGAAACCUUGGUUAUUUCCCCUUUUAGCUCUGUAUUUCUUCCUGUAGAUGACAGUUAUGGAACGCUGGAGUACAUUUCCACAGUUGUGCUGAUGUGGCUCCAGUCUAUACAAAUUUUUCCUAAUUAUGCAUUUAACAAUUCUGCACCUCCAGAGAGGCAUGCAUGACGCUUGAAGUCAGUGAACACUUCCAAGCAAAUGGAUUGUGGCAUCUCAUGAAUUUGGUGUUUUUAUGGUAAAAUGUCUGCCUCAAUGUUUGUGAUACAGGUAAUCCAGAACCAAUGAAAAUUCUUGAAUAGAAAGGAAAUAUGAAAAUUGCAGAUGUGUCAAUAUUGCCCAAUAUGGUCACGGAUAGUAUAUAGUUUAUUUUGUUUAGAGAUAAUGCAAAUAACGAAUGGAAUAGUGUAAUAACUCCAUGCUUCAUAGAUUUAAUUUUUUCAUGGUCAUUAUCAAAGGAAUGUAUAUUAUGAUAUAGAGAGUUUUUCCGGUAGUAAAAUUUUGGUGGCCUAUCCUCAGGCAACUGAUUUCACAUUCUUAGGCCAAUGACUUCACAUUCAUUGACCUAGGUGCAGCUCAUUUCCAUUAGAGUGAAUGAGCCCGAGCUGCAAUACCAAGCACAGCCACUAUAUAAUGCAUGGCGCAGUACUUGGUAUACUGCUGCCACCCUUUCAAAAAGCUGAUCGGUGGGUGUCUGACUAAUAUUUAUCAUCAAUAUUUUUGAGCAUCUAGAUUAGUCAUCAGUAUUGUACUCUCGGAAAAAACCUUUUUAGCUGGAUGAAUUGAGUGUUCUCUGAAAACCAUAGAAGGCUUGGAUAGACCUUUUAUACAAAGUAAACUAGCGUAUCAAAUGUAGCAUGGUGAUUAUCUUUAUUAUUGAGAGUACACAUAGCAAUAAUACCCUUUAUACAGGGCCAAGCUAUUUCAUAAUGGAGAAGGAACUAUGCCGAUAAGAGCUUUGAACCUAAAGGAAUGUUGACAGUACUUUUGGGAAUUUCAAUCGGACAAGAUAUAAAAUUGUUUGGGGCCCCACUGGCAGAAUGAUUAGUCACAGGAACCUACACCCAAAAGUUUUCCUGAAGAAGUGACCAUUUGCUCUUUGUUUUCUCCCAGUGAUUUGCCUAGUACAUUUGAUGACUGCUCACACGAUUUUGACUUCCCGAAAACAAAGCCGUCAAUUUUGUAUUUUCUUAAGUUUUCUUGAAUAAUGAUUGGUUGUCCAUGCACUGUUGCGGGCUUCAGAAAAAUAAUUUCAAUUUUGGCCACAACACAUCGGGUAUCGCUGCCGCAGUAGGAGUACUUUUUUUUUUUUUUUUUUUUUAAAUAGCAAUUUCCAUGCACUGAGCGGUCUUGAUCACAUGCAGUCGAUUGGCAACUGUAAUAUAAGAUAGCGGUUAUGCUGCGUACAAAAGUAUUUUUGAAUAUGGGCAUAAUAUUUUUGUUUUGUUGGUCAACCUUUUGAUGUUUGUCUUGUCAGUGUUUCUGCCUGUAGCUCCACUCAUUUCAGUCCCUUUCUCCUAAUUUUAUGCACCAAUACACUUAGCAAUAACUUAUUUUUGUAGGGGGUGGGCUUGGUUCCUAAGCAGAAUGGGGCAGGGAAUAGUUAUCACUGUGGAACAUAAAGUGCUUGCUAGUGCUGCGGGACCAUAGGUAAUAAUUACCCGCUAAUUAGUAAGUAAGUGGUAACAAUACAAGCAGUUCUGUAUUUCUCCUCUGAGUUCACUUCCUCUGUAAAUAAUCGUUUACAGUUUUAUAUAAAAAUUUUAAAAAGAUUUAGAUCCUGACUGUAUUUUUUAACUUUUUUAAUAGAUUUUAAAAAACUGUAAUUCUUUAUAUAUAUAUAUUUUUUUUCCCCCCUGUGUCUAGGGGGUUGUAUGUAACUUUUUUUUCUCCCCUUGCUUGUAAAUGGAGAUGACUUUCUAAACAUUGGCCUUUUUUUUUUCUUUUUCAAAAUGUGUUAAAACAGUACUUUAUUCUUGUACUACAAAUACCAUGGCUUACUGAAAAGAGAAAAUCCACAUAUGUUCUGCCAUUCAAAAAAAUAAAGUAUUUUGCU